AGCUGACGGGGUGGCUCAGGCUCAGAGACUAUGUCCGAGAAUCACAAUGAGCUGGCACGCUAACCAUACAACCUCGCCUUUGUUUCCGAAUAUCAGCUCGUCCUGGGUGCGCGGCCCCUCGGAUGCUGGGCUGCCCCCGGGCACGGCCCCUCACUUCGGCAGCUACAACGUCUCUCGGGCAGCUGGGAAUUUCUCCUCUGCCGAUGGCACCACCAGCGACCCGCUGGGAGGCCACACCAUCUGGCAGGUGGUCUUCAUCGCCUUCCUAACGGGUGUCCUGGCCUUGGUGACCAUCAUCGGCAACAUCCUGGUGAUCGUGGCCUUCAAGGUCAACAAGCAGCUGAAGACGGUCAACAACUACUUCCUCUUAAGCCUGGCCUGUGCCGACCUGAUUAUCGGGGUCAUUUCCAUGAAUCUGUUUACCACCUACAUCAUCAUGAAUCGGUGGGCUCUAGGAAACCUGGCCUGUGACCUCUGGCUGUCCAUUGACUACGUGGCCAGCAAUGCCUCCGUCAUGAACCUUCUGGUCAUCAGCUUCGACAGGUACUUCUCCAUCACGCGGCCGCUCACGUACCGAGCCAAACGAACAACCAAACGAGCUGGCGUGAUGAUAGGCCUGGCGUGGGUCAUCUCCUUCGUCCUGUGGGCCCCCGCCAUCCUCUUCUGGCAGUACUUUGUCGGGAAGAGGACUGUGCCACCCGGCGAGUGUUUCAUCCAGUUCCUCAGCGAGCCCACCAUUACGUUCGGCACGGCCAUCGCUGCCUUCUACAUGCCUGUCACCAUCAUGACUAUUUUAUACUGGAGGAUCUAUAAGGAAACGGAAAAACGUACCAAAGAGCUCGCCGGGCUGCAGGCCUCGGGGACGGACGCGGAGGCCGAGAACUUUGUCCACCCCACAGGCAGCUCUCGGAGCUGCAGCAGCUACGAGCUGCAACAGCAGAGCCUGAAACGCUCGGCCCGGAGGAAGUACGGUCGCUGCCACUUCUGGUUCGCCACCAAGAGCUUGAAGGCCAGCGCCGAGCAGAUGGACCCCGACCAGAGCAGCAGCGACAGCUGGAAUAACAACGACGCUGCCGCCUCCCUGGAGAACUCCGCCUCUUCCGACGAGGAGGACAUCGGCUCCGAGACCAGAGCCAUCUACUCCAUCGUGCUCAAGCUGCCUGGCCACAGCACCAUCCUCAACUCCACCAAACUGCCCUCCUCGGACAACCUGCAGGUGCCCGACGAGGCGCUGGGGGCGGCCGACCUGCAGAGGAGAGCCAGCAAGCUGCAGGCCCAGAAGAGCAUGGACGACGGGGCCGGCUUUCCGAAAAGCUUCUCCAAGCUUCCCAUCCAGCUAGAGUCAGCCGCGGACACGGCCAAGGCGUCCGAGGCCGACUCCUCGGCGGGCAAGACCACGGCCACUCUACCUCUGUCCUUCAAGGAAGCCACUCUGGCCAAGAGGUUCGCUCUGAAGACCCGAAGCCAGAUCACCAAGCGGAAACGGAUGUCGCUCAUCAAGGAGAAGAAGGCGGCCCAGACGCUCAGCGCCAUCUUGCUGGCCUUCAUCAUCACCUGGACCCCGUACAAUAUCAUGGUUCUGGUGAACACCUUCUGCGACAGCUGCAUACCCAAAACCUAUUGGAAUCUGGGCUACUGGCUGUGCUACAUCAACAGCACCGUGAACCCCGUGUGCUACGCGCUGUGUAACAAAACGUUCAGAACCACUUUCAAGACGCUGCUGCUCUGCCGGUGCGGCCGGCGCAGGCGGCGGAAGCAGCCGUACCCGCAUGGGCAGGCGGCUGCUUUUCACAGGCGCGCGCCGGAGCGGGCCCUGUAGGGCAGCCGAGCGCACCCCCACCCGCAAACCUCGGGAGGGCGCCGGCGGAGGGUACGGGCGAUGCCCGGCGGUGAUGAAAAUGGGUUGUUGGGCUUUUUUUUUAAUCACCCAGAGAUGAAGGAAGCUGCCUGUUUACUGACCCACUGAAUAAACCCAUUUUAAUAUAGUAAGUCAGAUACCGAUUCAGCA